GUCGUUUGCCCUCAGGACCCUUUAUGUACCAAACACCUGUCCAGAACGGUGGACUGAAGGGAUCCUGGCCGUCGCCAUCCGACUUGGGAUCCCACCUCUGUUUGAAAGGUGUCUUACAGAGAUGCGGGCCAGAAUCAGUCCUUCCACUGUGUGUGAGUUCCACUGUGUGGCCAGCCGGUACAAGGAGGAAAGCCUGAUGAAAGCAUGUGAGAAGUGGCUAGAGCGACAUCUGGUGGUUGAGCUUAGCAACAACAUCUACCUGAAAUAUCUGCCCUUCGAGUUGCUUCUCAAGACUGUCCGCUCCCAGAGAGUUUUCACUUUAAGUGAGUACCACCUCUACAAGACCGUGCUGUACUGGGUGCACCUCCAGCUCAACAACACUUUGCAAGUCCUACCCACACACACACUCAUCGUCAACUUCUUCUCAUCCAGCUGGUCUAGGGAGAGGCCAUUCUUGGAACAACCCGAGGGACAGAAGUUCUCCAUCCUCUUUCACUUUCUUCGCCUCCACGGCAUCACAGACCGUCACCUUCUGGAGGAGAUUCAGAGCAGCAACAUGUUUCCCCUGUCAUGGCUCCUUGAACUCUAUUCCACACAUUACUACACACUCCUCAGGGGCGGGGAUAUGGCACUGAGAGAUUUCUCCCAGCAGGCUGUGCGUUUUGGGUUGAUCAUCGACAAGGAACCACAGUGUUGCUCUCAGACGGUGGCCCUCUGGGGUUUCUUUUUCCAGAUGAGAGUCAACAAGACAGAGUCAAACACACACACCUUUAGUUUACAGAGGCUGCAGCAGUUGGACACUGAGCUGCCACCUCGCGCCUGGCAGCGAUACCCUGUCAGCACAGUGGCUGAGCGACUGGUGCGCUACGAGGUGUUUGUGCAGAGCCAAAAUGGCAACCGGUGGCAGGACUUCUGUUCCGGUCCCAUUCACCACGAGUUUGGUCUCACCAAGUCCUCUUGCCACAGUGAGGUCUUCAAGCUCUCAGGUCUGACUCUGCCCAUUCUUGUGACGUUUGCCCUGGCUCUGCCACCAGUGUGAUUCGUUGUUGCCACAUCAACAAGACUGAAGAUCACUUGUCAACCAUGCAUCUAAUAAACGUGCUCUCAACACUUCUAA